GAGCAAGAUGCCAUCCAAUGCAAACUCUUCAGAAGGAGAGAGUAUUGCCAUGGCACUGUACGACUAUGAGGCCAUUCAUGAAGCUGACCUUGGCUUCAAGAAGGGAGACAAGCUCAAAAUCUUAGCCGAAUCGGGGGAGUGGUGGAAAGCAAAGCUUGUGAGUACAGGUCAGGAAGGCUUCAUCCCCAGCAACUAUGUGGCCAAAGAUACUCUGGAGGCAGAGGAUUGGUUCUUUAAGGGCGUGAGCAGGAAAGAUGCUGAGAGGCAGCUGCUGGCCUCGGGGAACAAAGGGGGGUCCUACAUGAUCCGAGACAGUGAGACCACCCAGG